AGUGGCCUCGAAGAAUUUAGUUUUUCACUUGAGCUAACCGUAGGAAAAAAGAGUGAUAAGUGGACGCACCGCAGUCAGUUCACUCGAAAAUUAUUCAACCCCUGGGGCAAAUAUAGUGCUGCCGCCUUGUUUCAGUUUUACCAAGUUGGCCUCGGUGCAGAGGUAAAUGGAUGGUAAUUCUUUUCAGUUCGGUCAAUAAAAUCAAGUGAUUCCUUACGACCUGCACCUGUUCAACAUGUUUGGAUGGCAAACCUCCUUGCAUUACGAACUGAAUUCAGUACCUACUAGCACUCGAACCGUAUUUCUUCCCGGGGUCUCACAUCAAACAGAAACAAUCAAGGUACUUGGCCGUUGGAGCCGGGCCAUAGUGUGUGUGUGUGUGUGUGUGUGUGUUUUGAUUAAUUAGAUUAUCAGUGCUCACGGUGCGGUUAAGUAAUACCUUCUUCGCCUUUUUCUUUCCGCACACGCCACCCAAAACCUUACGCCAAAUUCAUACAAUCAUAAAGUUAAAUUGUGUGCACAAUGAAUCGAUCCGAUGAAAAAUGUCAUACGCCAUGAAGAAAAACGGUUGUCGCCGAGAAAAAAAGAUUAAACAAGUUUAGUUUUACAGUACAAGUUUAGUGCAUUACUUCCAGUCAUGCAAACCAACGGUGCAACUAUGAAUGCAACACAUUUCAACACAAGUGCAUAGCAAGAGUCGGUUGCAAGCAAGAGUCAAGCAUAUUUGGUACCGUAUUCGGAGGUGAAAAUCUUCAUACACUGUGCCAUGAAUAUUUGGAUUCCUUGAGUUGUGCCAUACAUAUUUGUUCGUAAUGUUGUGCGUUCGUGGAUAGCUAAUGUCCUGUACGAAGUGCUCCAGUAGUCAUAAUGUCUCUUCACCGUCGUGAGUAAAUCAUGGUGCAGCGAAAGCAGUCUAUUAGCUGAUGUAGAAGUACACUUUAGCCUUGCCAAAAAAACACAUAUACACACAUACAAAAAGAUGCGGUGACUCACUGACACUUGGUGACUUGAUUAUUCUGAUCAAUAAGAAAAUGCUCCGUGUAGAAAUAUGAGCAUCACCUGAAUGCGGCUGAUGAACAGUAGAAUCCGUCAAAUUCAGUGGUAUAGUCGAUUGGUAUAGGUCAUCGCUCAAGCGUCAAGCCUUCAAAGCUCUUCAGAAUGCAGCUCAGCUGGGCAUACGAUGGCGUCAACGGGUCGGUGCCGCGCAAUACCGGCCCAGAAUGUGCCGAAUAUCUAUCACCGAGCCGAAAGUUGAUGGAAACAAUAGUCAUAAUACCGCUCUGCCUGAUUGCAAUCAAGUGUUCCGUUAGCAGGUUGAAACCCAUCACGUACCGGCAAUUGGAUCGUGUGACCGGCUGUGCUCUCGGUGCGAAUCGAUCGCUCAGCAGUAGCAAUCACAAUCUUCACCAUCUGCACUACCAGCGCAAUCUAGCUGAUUCGGAACCGCGCGAUCUGUUGAUGCCCCACCAUCGGGAGCGAUCGUUCUCUUCAGCCUCGAUUGCCAGCGGAUUGGUAGAGGACUUUCAUUGCCAGCGAUGUGUUCAGGCGGGCGUGGUGUCCGGUCGCGGUACCGCUAUUCCUGGCGAAAUCCUUACACCGAGCUGGGGCAAGCAGUUUCUACUUGUUACUAUGACACUCACGUUGGGAGUUGAGCUAGGCUUUAAAUUCGCUACUAGAACAGUGAUUUACAUUUUAAAUCCGUGUCAUAUUACUACCAUCAUGCAGAUAUAUCUUUUGGCAUGCAAUAAACCGACCAGGAGCAGUACAGUGCUCUUUCGUCUGCAGAUGAACUAUUUAAACGGUCCGCUGUUAGCAUUCAUGUUUCCCGAAACCGACAGCCGACAGCUCCCACUAGAAUCAUCUAUCUACUGGAUACAGCAUGCACUGAUGUGCAUAAUACCUGUAUUCCUGUUGAGAACUGGAGGAGUCUAUAGCAUGGAAGCAUUGAAUGACUUCACUUGGAACGUUAUAGGCUAUGCUACUUUAAUAAUCUAUCACUUUGGAGUCCUUCAAGUAGUAGCAACUCCAGCGCAAGUUAACCUUAACCACAUGCUGUGUCCAGCGUUAAAAGAUCCUUUUGAAGGUCCCAACUAUCGCAUAUUUGCCGUAUUCCACGAGGCGAUACUUUGCACCUUGCUGUGCAAGUUAGUCACGUUUCUAUUUAGUCCGUUGCCGUCUUCAAUUGUAAAUCAUCCGACAUUUAAAAAUGGAAAGCAAACGGACUCGUCCCCGAUAGCAGCGGCAAACACCGUAGGAUCGUCUACGUCUCUGCCGCCGCACAUAAUCUCCUCAUCUCGUCCAUCCUCACGUUCGUCAUCGCCAGCAAAGUCGUCCAGCUCGAUGCUGCAGGAGAACAACAUUAUUAUAAAAACUAGCAAAAUCGACUAGUUUCAAUUUUCUUCCUUCACGCUAGGGCUAGUGAUGAUGAUGAUCAAUACUAGGUUGAAGAUUCUUCGAGUCAGUAUAUAUAAAGGCUGUUUGUAGAUACAAAAUAGAUACCUUUUCAAUCUCUCUACCUUGCCUACUUUAGGAUAGUCGUAGCGGAAUCCAGAUCAUUAAGCUAAGCAGUAUAACUGGCGAGUACACGUUCAAUAAGUGAUUGACUUUUAAUUAAAACUUGUAAACAAAUUUAAAAGAUGCAUAAAAUGUUUGUAGCUGCAACUGGUCACCAGCUGCGCUUUUCAUGCGGUACACUCUUGAUCAGGGAAUGCCCCGCAGAGAUCCAGCGCAGCACAGUAGCUCUGAUAUAGCAAAUGGUUAUGGAAAAAGAAUUUUCCGUUUUUGUAAUGCUUUGCAUGACGCAAUUGAUCAAUGAUUAGCAAGUGAUAGCAGAAAGCACUUCAUACUUUUCUUUCGCGUGACGAGUUACUCGGUCUUUGCUGCCUUACAUUUGUUUACUAGUCUUGUUAUCCGAGCGGUACGGCUAGACAAUUGGCCCUUGCUGUAAAAAUACAGUUUUGGACUCGAUUUGAUCCCAUGAUUCGUGAAAAACUUUAACGUCACGCUUAGCUUGAUAAUAUAGGACAACUUAUGCUUAAUGAAGAAAGUGCAGUGAGUUCCCCAAAGUACGCAAUACACCAGGUACGCGGAUUGUUGAACAUAUUGUUAAAUAUUAGUUGUGAAUACAAUUCAAUCGAAUUAAACUUAAAUUAGACACCAACAAUACCUAUACAAUCCGACACUAGCAUGACUGCGAGAGAAAUACAACCGAUGUGUCACAAGAAACGCGGUUUCUUUCCUUUUAGCGUACAGCGGGAACUAACCGAUCUUACUAGCUUAGGGUAGCCCCCCUUCGCUAAUGGGUAUUUAUAAAUAGUUGCAAACAUUUAACUUUGAUUUUACUUCUCAAAAAAUUGUUUAUCGAUGUUAUUUAAUCGUGUAACGAGCAUGGAUUAUUGCAACCUACCAUUGUUCGCUAGUUUGUCAUAUGGCUAAGCGCAGCUACACACUAAGAACUAUUGGUUUAAUUUUUCUUAUUAGGAAUAUUUUAAUGGAUUACUGCGGGGACUGGAUAACCUUAGACUCGUAUGGAACGAAGAAUUUUUUUUAUUUAGUUUGCAUCUAAGCUUUAAGCUCAACUCAACUAAAUUUAAAACUAGCCGUUACAGCAAAUGCGAUGCGCAUUGUUGAAUUCUAUCAUAGCAUUAGGUUUAGACCACGAUAAAGGAGCCGUAUUUCGAAAGUGUGAAGCCAAUUCGAAUAAAUCCGAGGAAGAUACUGCAUGAACCAUAGCAAACAAAACACGCGUAGUUGAGAUGGACCUGAAAAACCUGUGUUUAGAAAACCAGCAAACACUGUAAACUGUAAAAACCACAACCAUCGACAAUUUCUUAGGGGCUAGCAGCAAAUGUAAAACACUUUCAGUUGGUUGGCUAUUGUCCACGAUUUAUAAAGACUAUUGAAUAAUUAAUGAGAAUGAUUUUAACAAAAGUGUAAUAAUACUUUUGGUCUGUCAAACUGCUAGCGAAAUGUGUGAUAUUAUUGAGCUACGACGGAACAACAAUAGUCAUCUGAUGCGUAUCCUUACAUUGUUAUGUUUUUUUUUUUCGUUAUUUUGCAUCAGCCACUGAAUGGCUCGAACAGCCUAUGAAUUGAACAAUAUAUAUAUGAAAAGAUUUCCAAUGUCUUUGCAAUAAAAAAAUAUUCUCAUACUA